AUGCAUUAUUGGUCAACAAAAGUGGGAAGCGAUCUUGAUUUGGACAAUGUUGUAAUAAUACAGAUAUAGAUCUCUCGAACUGCAGCUCGCCCCUGAGAGUCAUAUAGGCUUACGUUAAACCAAGAACGAUUCAGUUGAAUGAUUAACUCUCACUAACUCAAGAGAGGACUUCAGACACACUUCAAACGGGUUACACUAUACUCCCUGAAGAAUUUUGCUCUUUUGCCGGGUACUUAUAUAUUUAGCCGCCAUAUACAAGGACAAGGCCUAAGCACGAUGAAGGCAUUUCUCGUGACGUGCGUAUUCGUAAUUUGCACCAUCUCCACGGCCUGGGGGUGUGUAUCUGGUGCGGGUCCAUCGUGGGAGAUAGGCGGCCAGAAACCAGGCGGUGGAAGAAGCAAGCCCGGACAUGUCGGAACAGGUGAACCAGAGGACUCGAACACACCAGGCAUCCCCAUCGCCGUUGCGAGGUACUUUUCUGGAAACAUUACGAAGGAAGAAGCGUUUGAGAGUAUUGAGGAUCCUUUAGACCAAGACGAUCUUGUGUCAGUUGAUGAGUGGGUUGGUGCGGGUGGAUCCCAAAUGGAAUUCCAUUACAUGCUUCUCCGCCUGGAUUCAAAUGGUGAUAACCACAUCUCAUUGGACGAGCUCGAUGUUCAUAACCUACCGAGUAGAACAAACAGUGACCCCGUCGACGAGACUGCCCCUCGUUUGCUCGAAUACCGAGGCGUUCCCGAUGAAGAAACCUCCACCCCUGCGACAACCACACCGCGCCCGAGACGUCGAAGGCCCGGUCGAACUCGACCAGGAAGGCGUAAUUCGGGAAGACGCAACAGACCCCGUAGUUGAGCGAGAGCAAACAAUUAGGGCAUCAAAAUAAGAAGGGGGAAAUAGUGUGAGCGUGAUCAUCCAUGUUGAAGAACCGUCAAUGAAAAGUGCGUAACACCGGAUGAUGAUUACUCCUGAAUAACAUUCGCCAUUAAUAAUGGACUUUGAAUGGACUCAUGCCUCCCUUUCCCUUGAUUCGUGUUACCUUGUUUUCCUGCCCUCCCCUCUUUUGAUGAAAUCCCGGUUCCCCCAUCAACAUCGCUUUUCAAAGUUCGACGUGUGAUUUUAAAACUGAUAGCCUACCUCAAAUCAUCAUGAUUGAUAAUUAACAUGGGAACAGAUUAGUAGGGUAGGUAAAAGUGAAACCAACUUAAAGGAGAAUGAAACCCUUGAAACCAGCUGAAUCCAUAUCAAAGAGAAAAAUCAAAGAAACAUAUUGUUGAAAGUUUGAGGAAGAUUGAAUGAAUAAUAAGAAAGUUAUGAGCAUUCGAAUAUUGAGAUCACUAGUGCCAUGUAGAUCCUCCCAACGGCAAUGCGACCAAGAUCUGUGAUAUAACACACGUACAACUCCCUCAUUACUGUAGUACUUAUUUCACUUAUAUUCUCACUUUUAUAGAGUCUAUCUCAAGGUGAGGUGUUCUCGUUAUGAGAUGACAAGUACAGAGGUUUCACAACAUUAUAUAAUUGAUGAAUCGUUUGUCAUAUGAUUAGAAUGAGCAAAAAGAGAUGUUUUGGGGUAUAUUUUCAGUGUCCAAAUGGGAGAGUUGUACGUGUGUGACAUCACAGAUCUUGGUCGCAUUGCCAAUGGGAGGAUCUCCAUAGCAUUAGUGAUCUCGACAUUCAAAUGCUCAUAACUCUUUUAUUGCUAGUCCUAUUUUACUCAAAGUUUUGUUGAUCUUAUUCUUUGAUUUUUCUGCUUUCACAAAAGCUAACUUGCUCCAAGAGUUUCAUUCUCCUUUAAUGUUUCUCACAGACCUCAUCUGAUAAGGUUAUUGAUCCUAUAAAAGACAUCCUUUGAACAACACUCGAUGUACUAUCCGGAUAUCCGUGUUUUAAACAACCAACCUAAGGACCGAAUUCUUUAUCUUGCCGGUGUAAUAGCAACGCUAAUGGUUUUACAUAUUACUCGAGAUCUGGAGGAAGACAGAGUUUAUUUGCGUGGAAGAGCAAGAAAAUAAUUUUCUAUGACUAUAUGCAUUACCUGACGAUUCUCGAAAGAGACUGACAAAACAUAGCUCUUUCUUUUCCACUAUUAAUAGCCAUAGGUGAAGAAAUAUCUAUGCGUUGGUCAAAUCAUGCGUUAUUAUAUUAUUUCUGUACGCGUUACGUGAUUGGUUAAAACUCAAUCCUUGGUCAUCAACAGAAUGUUCCUUCUGUAUCAGAUUGUAAAUAUUAUACUUGCAUAUAAUAAAAUCAAAUUCCAAAACA